GGUUAAAUCAGUUAAUCAUUCAGAUUCACGAGGAACAUAUACUACAUCCAUAAUUAACGAUGAAGUUCGUAAUUUCUGUAUUUGUACUAGCUCUGGUAGCAGUUGCGCUAGGUGAUAAGCCUCACUACGAUUUAAACAACGCUCCUGCCCUUUUUGAAAAAUAUAUUAACGACUUCAAUAAGAGUUAUAAGGAUGCAGCUGACAGAGAAGUUCACUAUAGGGCUUUUGUGCAAAGCUUGCAAGAAAUUAACGAAGCUAAUGCCAGACCUUCCCCUACCGUAUAUGAUCUGAACAGCUUUUCCGAUUACUCGGCAGACGAACAAAACAACAUGCGCGGUUUGUUGAUUCCAGGAAAUUACUAAACUGGAAAUCAAAUGGCGUAACUGAAGUCAAUGUUAAAACGAUACUAGAAAGCUGCUUGUUUUUAAUUUGUAAUAAACUAUAUUUUAAUUUGA